AUGCUGCAUGAUAAACCAAACCAGGGUCUGCUGGCACCAGUCCUAAAGGAAGCUGCAGAACCAACAAGCAACAUGAAAAAUAAGAAAGCUCUCAGCCCCAAUGGCAUAGCAGUAGGAGUAUGGAAGUACCUGGGUCAAAUCGGUGUGAAUAUAUUGGCACAACUGUCUAAUUCCAUCAUGAGGACUGAGAAGACAGCAAUGCCUGAGAAAAAUACUGCAAAACAAUGUGACUGGCUGCGUGAACGCAUUUCUUCUCCUGCUGAAUCGCAGACAUAUCAAAAUCUAGUGCUUCAUCGUGGACAUACCAGUUUCGCAUUUAUUAUUUUGGAUGUUAUGGAUAAAAACAGUACUCAUUCGGAUAGUUCAUGGCCGCCAAACUUUUGGGGUCAGAUGAUAAUAGCCUUCUCAGUGUCCAUGGUGAUUGGAUUGGUGAUUGGAGGGAUAAUCUGGGCUUUGUUUACUUGCCUGUCCCGUCGCAGAGCCAGUGCGCACAUUUCGCAGUGGAGCUCGUCAAUCUCUAGCCGCCGUUCCAGACCUUCUUCUCAGGGCCAUGCUGCCAACAGGACUGGAUUCUACCGUAACAACAGCUGCGAACGCCGUAGCAAUCUCAGCCUGGCCAGCCUCACCUUCCAGCGGCAAGCCUCCCUGGAGCAAGCCAACUCCUUCCCAAGAAAGUCAAGCUUCCGAGCCUCCACUUUCCACCCCUUUUUGCAAUGCCCUCCGCUCCCUGUGGAAACUAACAGUCAGCUGAUUACUCUGGCUCCCACCAGCACCACCACUACCCUUGUGGGGAACACCACCAACAGCUUAACUCGUCCUGAAUUCCACUGGUCCAACAACAGCCUCCGCAUCUGUCAUUCAACACAAACACCUCCUCCUGCCUAUGAGACCAUCAUUAAAGCUUUUCCAGACUCUUGAACUGGAGUCUUCCUUUAUUUCUUUAAAUGGAGGACUCUCUGUCGUCUGAAGCAGAUUUUCUGUAUGCUCUGAAGGCCUCUGGGAAGCUCCCUGGUGCCUCGGCAUGCCGCAGGCAAACAGAAGGGACAUGCGCAGAUGACGCUGAUUUGCUAGGGCAAGGUGUGGUAUCCUGCAGCCACAAGGAUCUUGCACCCCCCAACUUAACUGGUCUGCAGUGUAAUUCUGUAUUUAUAUUAUACCUUUAAUUUGUAAUCAUUGUAAGGCUUUUAGUUUAGAAGAAAGAAACUUCUGCAGUCUACAAAACUGGCAACUUAAAUGAAGAAACAAGCCACAUUAGGAACCAUUUGUUGAUAAUCGCUUAUUAAUUUCCUGCAAAGUUCACUCAUUCAUUGUGUUUGUUAGAAAUCCUGGUUUUGUACAUUUGUCUGUGAGUCCUACAUUUUCAUUAGAUACUUUCCUUCAUCUCUUACAUCCUGGGCUGCUUCUAUGCCUCCUGAACCACAGGGUUCCCUAUAGCUCAGGAAUCCCUUGGCAGAAGUAGAGUUUAAAGUGAUUU